AUGCCGUCAGCUACAAGUCCUCUCAACAUUCUCAUAAACGGCUCUGGCAUUGCCGGUCCUGUCACUGCAUACUGGCUGCAUCGCUUUAUGCCAACAUGUAAAAUCACCAUCCUAGAGCGUGCGCCUGAACCAAGACUGGGUGGACAAGCCGUAGAUCUCCGCUCCUCAUGUCUGCCAAUCGUAAAGAAGAUGGGAGUAUUGGAAAAAGUGAAAGAGAAGACUACAACAGAAGUUGGCAUGCAAUUUGUGUACCGGGAUGGCCAAAGGCGAGCCACUUUUGAGGCUACUGGAGAGGAGGAGCGGCAAAGUGCAACAAGCGAGUACGAAAUCUUACGAGGAGACAUGGCACGCAUCGUGUAUGAACUCACAAAGGAUAACCCACAAAUAACCUACAUUUUCGACGAGAUGGCCAUUGAAAUUCAACAGGACGAAUCAAAAGACGGCAAAGCCCUCGUCACCUUCAAGAACGGCAAACUCCCUCCUACAGAAUUCGACGUUGUGAUAGGUGCCGAUGGCCAGAUGUCAAGGACCCGCCGUAUGGUCUUUGGUCACGGACCCAACAACGACGAUUACCUGUAUCGUCUCGGACAGUACUCUGCUCUCUUCACCAUGCCUCGCGAUCCCACCGACACCCAGUAUGCACAAUGGUACAAUGCAUCGCGCGGCCGGCUGUUUUUGUUACGACCUGAUCAGUAUGGUACAACCAGAGCUUAUCUUGCCGUCACCGAUGCGAACUUGAGUCGUUUUGAUGAGCUAGAUAAGCUGUUGAAGAAGGGAACCAGGGAGGAGCAGCAAGCGUGGUUCGAAAAGGAGUUUGAGGGCGCGGGAUGGCAGACUGAGCGCUGCAUACGGGAGAUGAAGAAGGCGGAAGACUUCUACAUGCAGCAGAUUGCGCAGGUCAAGAUGGAUACUUGGCAUAAGGGGCGAGUGGCUCUAGUGGGCGAUGCUGCGUAUUGCCCAAGUCCCAUCUCUGGUGUCGGAACUGGAGCAGCCAUAGUUGGCGCCUAUGUCCUCGCUGGCGAGAUCUCUCGUAACCAAGAGGAUAUUCCCACUGCACUAGCAAACUACGAACGUGUUGCACGGGAAUAUGUAGACAAGGCGCAGAAGCUCAUCCCAGGAGCACCACAGAUUGCGAACCCGCAGACUGAGUGGGGGAUCAAGAUCUUCAACACUGUGACCGGCACGCUAUCACAUCCGUAUAUUCAGAAGUUCAGUGGUGUGAUUGGAAAAAUCAUUCCGGCGUUUGGGUCGUCAAAGAUUUGGAGCCCGCCAGAGUACGGGUCAUAG